AUGGCAGGGGAGAAGAGAGACGAAGAAAGUGGCCAACAACAGCUAUAUGGACAUACCACCAGUAACAGCGAGAAAACACACGAUCUCGAACAAACCACGCCUUCGCCUGCCAUGCCCGAUGAGAAUCCAUCAGAUCCGAAUGAAGUCGACUGGGACGGGCCAGACGAUCCACACAACCCACGCAAUUGGCAUGCUUGGAGACGGGCCAUGCUCGUCGGGGUAAUUACAUGUGUGGUUUUCUCAACAUCUAUCGCCUCUUCGGCAAUUGCCCCGGCCGUUCCUCGGAUCUUGAAGGAGUUCAAUUCGAGUAACGAAGAAAUUGGGACACUGGUUGUUACAAUCGAGCUGCUGGGCACCGGUGUAGGCCCUAUCAUCAUGGGACCCAUGUCCGAAGUCGUCGGCCGCCGCAUCAUCUACAACUGCGCGAAUAUAGGCUUCAGCGCAUUCUCGAUUGGAUGUGCCCUCACGCCGUCAUUGAGUGGACUAGUCGUGCUACGGUUUCUGCAGGGUUGUUCGGCGUCAUGCUCUCUCAACAAUGCCGGUGGAACGAUUUCCGAUCUUGUGCCUGUUCAUCGACGAGGGUUGGCCAUGUCUAUGUAUACAGUAGGCUUCUUGCUAGGUCCGGCGGUUGGCCCUGUUGCUGGGAGUUAUUUGGCUGCGGCGGCAGGAUGGCGAUGGGUGUUUUGGCUAUUGUUGAUUGUGAACGGAACCAUGGGAAUACUUUGCGCCACCACAUACCCAGAGACAUAUGCCCCCGUCAUACUCGAACGCAAAGCCAAAAAGCUCCGAAAAACCACGGGCAAUCCGGAUCUGUAUGCCAAAGGCCAGCGUCAACUCCCAGCCAGCGCUGUGCUCAAACGAGCCAUCAGUCGUCCUGUCAAGAUGUUCCUGUUCUGUCCCGUGGUUACAGGUCUGGCCAUAUACAACGCGGUCGUGUAUGGAUUCACGUACCUUCUCUUCUCCACCUUUUCCGUCGUUUUUCAGGGCCAGUAUCACUAUGGUGAGGGGAAACUUGGUCUAGUGUAUUUGGGGCUGGCAAUUGGGUUUUUGGUCUCGUUGAGUAUUGCCGGUUUUACCAACGAUAGAACACACGCGCGUUUGAGUAAGAAGCAUGGCGUGGCAAAGCCAGAAUACCGCCUAGAUUCGUUGAUCUAUGGGGCGAUUGCAAUUCCCAUUGGGUUUUUUAUCUACGGCUGGACGGCUGAAAAACACGUCAACAGUGCUGUUCCAAUUGUUGCAACAGGCUUGGUCGGGUUUGGAGUCAUGUUCACUUUUAUUCCUUUCAAUGUGUACAUGAUCGACGCAUACACAAAGUAUGCUGCUAGUGCAAUCGCUGCCGGUAACAUAUUGCGAAGUAUAUCUGCGGCUCUCCUGCCCCUGGUCGGUAUUCCGUUGUAUGAUAAGCUGGGAUAUGGCUGGGGGAAUUCACUUCUGGCUUUUAUAUCGCUGGGACUGGGUGCAAUGUCUCUUCUGUUUCGCAAGUAUGGAGAAGAAUGGCGGGAGAAGUUUUCGGUUGAGUUCGAUUGA